AUGGAAUUCUCCAGGCAGGAAUACUGGAGUCGAUUGCCAUGUCCUCUUCCAGGGGAUCUUCCCAACCCAGUGAUUGAACCCGUGACUCUUGCAUUACAGGCAGAUUCUUUACCAUCUGAGCCACCAGGGAAGCCUUUGGGUGGGGUAGGGGACCCAAAUGUUCAAUCUAUAGCAGGUCCCAACCUCCCAUUCCAAGAUCCAAUCAAUGAAAGGCACUAUCAUCCAACCAGUUAUUCCAACCAACCCACCCUUACCAACUUCUUUCUCCCUUCCUUUUACCGUCCCCAUCCAUGCCAAUCCAGCAAGUUCAUGGGUUGCUCUUCGAUACAUAUUGAAUAUCCGUCUCAGCCUCUCCACAGUCACCCCCCUAAAACAGGCCACUUCUCAUCCAAGUUAUUCAAGUCACCCCCUAACAGUCUCUCUGCUUCCGAUCCUUCACCUGUCCAGUCAGUUCAUUCUCCACAGGUGGCCAGAAUGAGCUUUUAA